AAGGAUCGGAGUCCCCGGCAUGCACAGGGAAGCCCCGCCCAGGUCUAUUCCCGUCGCGGCGCUGGAGGAGACAGGAUAAUUUAACCUUCCGCUCCGCCACCCCCAGGCUCCGGUGGCUUGCGGCCCCCGGGGGGAUUCCUAGGCAGGACCUCAGGAUCCGAACCAGUGGCGGCCGCGCCGGCAGAGCGAGCAGACGCCGGGCGAGCGAGGAGGAGGCGCGCCCCUGCCCGGCUGCCCAGCUGCCCUUAGGAGCCGCAGCAUGGCCAGAGCCGCCACCUGGACGUGGCCGCCGUUGCUGCUGUCGCUGCUGUCGCUGCUGUCGCUGUCCUGGGCGCCCGCGGGAGCCGAAUCCCAGACAGUCUCUGUGCUGGCGCCGCGCCAAGUGCGCGGUUUCCUGGGCAACAACGCUACGCUGCCGUGCAAGCUGCAGACGCAGGAGCACGACGUACGGGUGACGCUGGUGACAUGGAUGUGGCAGGACCCGGCGGGGCGCUCCCUAAGCGUGGCGGUCUUCCAUCCGACGCAGGGCCCCAGCUACCCCUCGAACUCCAACUUCCCGGAGCCCGGUCGCUUGGAGUUCGUGGCCGCCAGGCCCGGCGAGGCGCUGCGGGACGCAACGCUGGUCGUGCGGGGACUGCGCGCCCAAGACGAAGCCAACUACACCUGCCACUUCGCCACGUUCCCGCAGGGCAGCAAGAGCGCCCCUACCUGGCUCCGCGUGCUCGCCGAGCCCAAGAACGAUGCCAAGGCCCUGCUCAGCCCGCUCAGCCCACUCAGCCAGGGGCCUGUUCCCGUGGCCCGCUGCACCUCCACGGAGGGUCGCCCGCCUGCCCAAAUCUACUGGUCCCUGGAUGGGAAGGCCAAUAACAGCCAGGUGCCAGGGACCCUGCCUGGAACAUUCACCGUCAUCAGCGUAUUAACCUUAAUACCCACAAGCCAGGUUGACGGCAAGAAUGUCACCUGCACAGUGGAGCACGAGAGCCUCGAAAAGCCCUUCCUGCUGCCUGUGACCCUCACUGUGCUCUACCCCCCCGAAGUCUCCAUCUCCGGCUAUGACAACAACUGGUACCUCGGCCAAAGUGAGGCCACCCUGAACUGUGAUGUCCGCAGCAACCCAGAGCCCACAGGCUAUAAAUGGAACACGUCGAUGGGCCUUCUGCCAUCUUCUGCCGUGGCCCGUGGCACCCGGCUCCUCAUCCAUUCCAUGGACGAAUCAAUCAACACGACUUUCAUCUGCUCUGUCACCAAUACCGUAGGGACUGGGAAGGCAGAACUGACUGUCGUGCUCAGAGCAGAACCUCCCAGGGACCCGUCACACCAGGCCUGGUCCUAUAAGUAUAUCAUCAUCAUCAUCAUCAUCAUCGUAGUCCUUGCUGUGGCUGUGUGCAUGUGCCUUAUUUUUCGCCAGCGGUUGCAACAGUUCUGUCAGAACAAAUGCAGAUCCUCUGCUAAUGACAGGGUCAUCUAUUCAGCUGUGAACAGUAAUGCCAGCUCUCCCCAAGAUCUGCCGACAGAGGGCACACAGUGACAGCAUCGGGACUAAACGAAGGGAGAUACCGGAGCUGGUGAGGACCCGACCUUGAAGCUGGACUCCGCCCAGCGGAUGACGUCUCCCUCCAAAGAGCUGGACCACCACCUCUGUGCCGUAUCUCAAGAUAUCCCCACUGUUGUGCAGUGCGCUGUGUGGGUACAGGUGUAGGGUCCCCAAGACCACACUUAGGUUAAUCUAUUCACUUGCAGAACUCAGGAAAGCUGCUUAUACUCAGGGUUACAGUUUAUUACACUAGAAGCAUCAGAUUCAAGUCAGCAAUGUGAAAAGGCACGUAGGGCAGGGCCAGGAGAGACCUGGCACUCAAGGCCUCGCCCAGUGGAGUCGUACAAUAGCACUUACUCCUCCCAGCGGUGACACGUGACAACACACAUAGAGGACUGCCAACUGGGGAUGCUCCCCCCAGACUUGGUUUCCAGGACUUUUAUUAGGGGUCAACCACAGAGAUAUAGCUGACUGCCCAUGUAGCUGACCUUGGUCUCAAGAACCUCGAUAGGUCAAACCAAUAUUAUGUGGCCCGAGACCCCACCAUAAAUCACGCCGUCAGCCUAGACUAUCCAGUGCGGCCCACAGCCUCAGGUAAACAGAGGCUGCUGUCACCAGAAGAGAAACGGAGGCUGGAACUCAGCGGCUCAGGGCUGUCCGAGGAGUAGGAAUAACUGCCGGACGUGAACUUGGAGGUUAUCAGUUCCGGGCACCUUCUGCCAAGACCCAGGACCUGGGAGAGCAUCUCUGUUCCCACCAGGGAUGGAUGCCCUGGCCUGUUUGUCGGGGAAGGAUCUGCGGAUUCCACAGAGCCAGAAGUCGAGAGUGGACCCCAAAUAUUGGUAUUGGUGUUGUGUAACUUCCCAUAAGACGGAGAAAAAAAUGCAGUUAUUCGUAUCAGAGGAUGGAAGGGAGAGGGUCUGGUGGAGAUCAUGGAAAGCCUGAAAUACCCCAAACUCUCGCUCCACACCGCUCUGCGUGGAAUAAGGGGAGAAGGAUUCAAGCCGAUAUCAUCCCAUCUCAAGUGUCUUCGAAGUCUGGGAAACCUCUGGGUUGCAAAUUGCUCUGGGUGAGGAUGCCUGUGCUACUGAAACCUAUCUUAGUGAAAAACUAAGAGGAGACCCAGGAAUUCCACACCUAGGCGGUGACCCAAAAGAAUUGAAAACAGAUCCAAACAAAUACUUGUACACAAACGUUCAUAGCAGCGCUAUGCACAGUAGCCAAAAAGCUGAAAUAACCCAAAUGUUCACCGACAAAUGAAUAGAUAAAAUACAAGCUGGUAUAUUUAUACCGUGGAAUAUUAUUCAGCCAUAAUGAGAACAUUAUGCUGAGUGAAAAAAGCCAGACACAGAAGGCCACGUAUUGUAGGAUUUUAUUUAUAUAAAAUGCCCAAUAUAGGCAAAUCUACUGAGACAGAAGAGAAAUCACUGGUUGCCAGGACCUGGGGGAGGAGGAAUAGGGAGUGACAACUUAAUAGGUCCAAGGGUUCCUUUCAGUGUGAUAAAAAUGUCCUGGAAAUAAUGGUGACAGUCGCACGGCAUUGUGAAUAUGCUAAAUGUCACCGAAUUGUGCACUUUAAAAUGGCAAGUUUUGUGUAUGUUUUACCACAUUAAAUUAAUAAGUUAAUAAAUUAAAA